AAAUGCUCAGAGCCAUGCAGACACUCUGUGGAUUUCAUCUUUUAAUUGUUGUUCAGCUGUCUCUGGCAGCAGGAAGCAGUGCAGACUGGAAGCCUCUCAGGACUUCAGUCAGCACUAAUACUGGAAACAGGGCAUAUCUUCAGACGACUCCACCAAGGCCUGACCCUCUCCUCUCUGGUCCUGGGGCUUCUGGAAAGUCUGAUCCUUACAGCAAACCGGAAUCAAAACAACCAAGUGAAACCAACAGCAGUGUGGGUAUGUGGUUUAAGGAAACUCUGACGUCAAAGACAACUUGGAAGACCUCUGAAAGCUUUAGGCUCUGCACUAAAGACGCAGUUGGGACAGAAGUUUGGUCCGACCAGGACUUGAUGAACUCUCAAAAUGUGCACACUAAAAGCAGGCAUCAGUUCAUAGUUAUUAUGGAGGAGGAGCCUGCAGUGAUCGAGUCGGCCACUCACCUGUUUCAGAGGCAUCCCACUGAAUCCACCCUGUUGAGCUACCAGAGGGGGGCGCUGCAGACUCUCAGUGGGAGCUGUUUAGUCUCAUCUGGUAAUGAUGAUGUCAUACUGGUUGGUCACAGCAGCACUGGAUCCAAUGGCACAGUCCUUUCGGGUUAUGGUCCAGAAGAACUCGCCAGAGUUGUGUCAGCUUUAAAAUCUCAGAGUGUCUUUGGUCCUCUUGACACCAUGAGCAUCAUCAGCUGCAACCUCGGAAACGACCGAAACUUUAUGUUAGAGCUGCUCCAAGUCCUCCAGUCUCUUGGUGUGGAAACAAAACUGAACCUGUAUGACGCCUUCCUGUCUGUCAGCACUGAUGGAAAGAUCCUGACCAGGACUGAGGGGGUCUGGAGGUCCCAUGACCACGGAAGAAGAGUCACUGCUGAAGUGGACCAAACAGGAAACCUGUGCACAAGAGCAGAACUUGGCUGUGCCGGCCCAGUGUUUCCAGAUUAUAGAGGAAAUGUUUUGUAUCUUCAGACACUCGAUUGGCCAAGACACCCUCAAAUGUUUGUUCCAAGAGAGCUUCGCAAAAAGUACUCCUCUAUUGACUGCCUGGAGGGGCUGACAUGGAGCUUGUUCUAUGAGACUGAAAGACGGCGUGCUUCUGAUUAUGUCCCACAGGGCGCACACGAACAGAAGAAAGUGGUUUGGCUUACAGAGCCAGGACCAGAGGGAGACAUCGUCAUCAAGCACAUCAAUGACAUCCAAGAUCUAGUUGUGGAGAUACGAUACAAUGCCAGAGAGGAGGUUACAUCAGACCUUUACUACGUUCUGAAUGAGUGCAUAUACAGGGUACACGGGAGGAAUCUCAGUGUCACAUUGGAGGGGAAGUUCAUGAGCUCUGACAAUCCUGCAGAAAUUGAAAACUUCCGUCAACAUUUCAACGAGCCACAGGGAGAGCCAUCCCUGCAGGAUCUGAGACAGGGUCUCAAACCCUCCAAAUUCAAUGACUUCUGUCGGCAGACUUUCCAGUACCAGCAGUGCAGCUACAACUGUGAGAGGUGGGGUCGAUACUUCAUGUCAGCCGUGUUUUCAGCAUCAGUGCUCAACUUCAGAACAUUCUCGCUCUUCCUCAUGAGCGUCAUAGGUUGUGAGGUUGGUCGAACACGGGGAACGGACAGCGCCCUGUGCACAGCAUUUGUUGGAUCUGACCACCCCAUGGAGACGGAAAACCCCCGGCCUGAAGGUCUGCGUAGAGGAUUCUAUGGCUGCUCCAUUGAGAACUACGAGAUGGCUGCUCAGGAGAAGCAGAUUUGGUUGGAUCAGGUUGUGGCGAAGGAGAAUUCCCUGUACAUGAAAUCGAAGCAGAUGAUGAACACGGUCGACCACGAUGAGCAAACAGAGCUUGAAAUCUUUGGGAAGGUGAAAGUCAUGAAUAAGUAUGUGUUCUCAUCUUAUCUGGAGUUUUUCAGAGGAACACCUGAAGGGAAGAAACUGAAGAGAGGAUGUGCUCCUUCUUUCAGUAAUAAUUAUAAACCAUAAAGCUGAUAUAGUGUGAUUAUUGUUUUAUUACUUUUUGCAAUAUGGGUUAGAGUAUUCCUUUA